AUGAUUGGGAAAAUGGAGGCCCCCAAAUUUACCGGCCUUAUAGGGGGAAAUAACCACAAUGAUAACAACUACUAUGAUUUGACGCAAGGGUUUUACCAUAAACUGGGCGAGGGUACGAACAUGUCCAUUGACAGUUUACAAACAAGCAAUGCUGGUGGUUCUGUGUCAAUGUCAGUGGAUAACAGCAGUGUGGGUUCCAAUGAUUCACUAACCCACAUUUUAAGUCAUCCUGGCUUAAAACCUGUGAGCCACAACUACAGUGGAACAGUUGGCCAUAGUUUGAUUCGUCCAGGAAGGGUUGGCCAUGCACUGAAUGAUGAUGCUUUAGCUCAGGCGCUCAUGGAUCCUAGAUAUCCGACUGAAGGAUUGGCCAAUUACGAUGAAUGGACUAUUGAUCUGAGAAAACUCAACAUGGGUAUGGCAUUUGCUCAAGGUGCUUUUGGUAAGCUAUAUAGAGGGACAUAUAAUGGGGAAGAUGUUGCAAUCAAGAUAUUGGAGAGGCCAGAGAAUAGCCCAGAGAAGGCACAAGUGAUGGAACAGCAGUUUCAGCAAGAAGUCAUGAUGCUUGCAACCUUAAAGCAUCCCAACAUUGUCCGUUUUAUUGGCGGAUGCCGUAAGCCGAUGGUUUGGUGUAUUGUCACGGAGUAUGCCAAGGGUGGUUCGGUACGCCAGUUUCUGACUAGGAGGCAGAAUAGGGCAGUGCCACUGAAGUUGGCAGUUAAGCAGGCCUUGGAUGUUGCUAGGGGGAUGGCCUACGUGCACCAUCUUGGCUUCAUACAUCGUGAUCUUAAGUCAGAUAAUCUUCUCAUUGCAGCUGAUAGGUCUAUAAAAAUUGCUGAUUUUGGCGUUGCGAGGAUUGAGGUGCAGACUGAGGGGAUGACUCCAGAAACUGGAACAUACCGUUGGAUGGCACCGGAGAUGAUCCAGCAUCGUCCGUACACACAAAAGGUGGAUGUGUACAGCUUCGGCAUUGUGCUCUGGGAGCUGAUAACUGGAAUGCUUCCAUUCCAGAACAUGACAGCAGUGCAAGCAGCAUUUGCUGUGGUGAACAAAGGAGUGAGGCCUGUCAUACCAAACGACUGUCUGCCUGUGCUGAGUGAGAUCAUGACCCACUGCUGGGAUACAAACCCUGAGGUUCGUCCUCCAUUUGCCGACAUUGUCAGGAUGCUUGAAGAUGCAGAAACCGAGAUCAUGACCACAGUCCGCAAGGCGCGCUUCAGAUGUUGCAUGACCCAGCCCAUGACAAUUGACUGA